GCCCCCGCCCCUUUCUCCUGUCGGCCCCUAAUCGUGGUCGGGGUGGGGCCAAGCUGACCUCCCCCCUGUGGCUCCGCCUCUUUUCUCCUGUUAUCUCUGGGUUCUGGUGCCAGCCCGGAGGGAGGCUCCUGCUCGCAUUGCAGUCCUGUGAUGGUGUGGUGGCUCGAUUCUCCCAGUGCCUGGCUGAGUUUCGGACGUGGUUAAGAACCAACUGGUUGAGGUUCAAUGCAGACAAGACGGAUGUGAUGCUGUAGAAAAUGUGCAUCAGAUGUUUAUGUUUAAUUGGUUUACAGACUGUCUGUGGACUCUUUUCCUGUCAAAUUACCAGCCAUCUGUUGAGUCUUCAAGUCCAGGAGGUUCAGCAACAUCAGAUGACCAUGAAUUUGAUCCAUCAGCUGACAUGCUGGUUCAUGAUUUUGAUGAUGAACGAACAUUAGAAGAAGAAGAAAUGAUGGAAGGAGAAACAAACUUCAGUUCUGAAAUAGAGGAUCUUGCAAGGGAAGGCGACAUGCCAAUUCAUGAACUUCUCAGCCUUUAUGGUUAUGAUAGUACUAUUCGACUGCCUGAAGAAGAUGAGGAUGAGGAGGAAGAGGAAGAAGAAGGUGACGAUGAUGAAGAUGCUGAUAAUGAUGAUAACAGCGGCUGUAGUGGGGAAAAUAAAGAAGAGAAUAUAAAGGAUUCAUCAGGUCAAGAGGAUGAAACUCAGUCUUCCAAUGAUGAUCCAUCACAAUCUGUGGCUUCUCAAGAUGCCCAGGAAAUAAUUCGCCCACGUCGAUGUAAAUAUUUUGACACAAAUAGCGAAAUAGAAGAAGAAUCUGAAGAAGAUGAAGAUUAUAUUCCAUCAGAAGACUGGAAGAAGAACAAAUUAGCAGGUGAAAACAAGUGUUCUGAACUCAAUAUGGAAAACGAGGAGAUUAUGGUGGGCUCCAUGUUUCAAGCAGAAAUUCCAGUUGGCAUUUGUAGAUACAAAGAAAAUGAGAAAGUAUAUGAAAAUGACGAUCAGCUCCUGUGGGAUCCUGAGUACUUACCGGAAGAUAAAGUGAUUGUGUUUCUUAAGGAUGCAUCCAGAAGAACAGGUGAUGAGAAAGGUGUAGAAGCAAUUCCUGAAGGAUCUCAUAUAAAAGACAAUGAACAGGCAUUAUAUGAAUUGGUUAAAUGCAAUUUUGACACAGAAGAAGCAUUGAGAAGAUUAAGAUUUAAUGUAAAAGCAGCUAGAGAGGAAUUAUCUGUUUGGACAGAGGAAGAGUGUAGAAAUUUUGAACAAGGGCUGAAGGCCUAUGGAAAGGAUUUUCAUUUGAUUCAGGCUAAUAAAGUUCGAACAAGGUCAGUUGGUGAAUGUGUAGCAUUCUAUUAUAUGUGGAAAAAAUCUGAACGUUAUGAUUUCUUUGCUCAGCAAACACGAUUUGGAAAAAAGAAAUAUAAUCUUCAUCCUGGUGUAACGGAUUACAUGGAUCGUCUUCUAGAUGAAAGUGAAAGUGCUGCUUCUAGUCGAGCACCAUCCCCUCCCCCGACUGCUUCAAACAGUAGUAACAGCCAGUCUGAAAAAGAAGAUGGCACUAUAAGUAACAGUAAUCAAAAUGGGGUAUCGUCUAAUGGACCAGGUGAAAUAUUAAAUAAAGAAGAAGUAAAAGUUGAAGGGUUACACAUUAAUGGACCAACAGGUGGAAAUAAGAAACCACUUCAUGCAGAUAUGGAUAGUAAUGGUUAUGAAACAGAUAACCUUACCACUGAUUCAAAACUUGCCCAUAUGACAGUAAAAAAUGAAAGUGAUUUUGAUGAAAAAAGUGAGAGACCUGCCAAAAGGCGAAGGGUAAACAGCAAUGGAAAAGAAAGUCCAGGUUCUUCUGAAUUUUUCCAAGAAGCAAUCUCACAUGGAAAAUUUGAAGAACUUGAAAACACAGAUGACUGAAUUUUAGACAUGUUUUACUUUCUUUGGAAUAAAUUCUAGUGUGACUAAAAUUUUCAGGAUUGAUGGGUUACCUUAAAAAGUUGAUUUCCUUGAAGCAGUUGGUGAAAAUUUGAAUUGAGCCCUAACUUUAGUAAGAUUUCAUAACGCUGCUUUUAUAGACUUUACAUUUUAAAACUCGAAAGACCCUUGUAAGGAUAUAACAAAUGAUUUAGUAAAUUUGAAUCAACUAAAGAUAAUCUGUACCUUCUCAUUUGAUGUAUUGAUCCUAAAAGUUCACUACAAGGUACUUUUUACUUUAUUUGAUGGCAGAGAAGAAAACACCAAGUUCAAAUUUCUGCUUAUCGUUAUUAAGGAAACCCCUAUGAAUCCUGAAAGUUAUGCUAGCAUGAUUUUUUUAUAUAUAGAAAUUUAAAAAUAAACCAAGUCAGGUUUGUGUAUGUAAAAUUGUUGACAUCAAUGAUGUCUUUCCAUAUUCUUAUCUGGGCUUAAGAAAUACAUUCUGUAUUUUUCCAGAUUCUUUGUAGCCUUUGAAAGAUUUUUACAGUACAUAUGUCUUGACUGAGCUGUCCUUUCUUAUUACAAAAGCUUGUAUAAUUUUCUUAACUUGUACAGUUGGUAAACUUUUAUGAGAGGAAUUGAUAUUCUGAGUCUGUCAGCUUUCAUUUUAUUUUGCUAAGGUUUUUCUAUUGAAUUUUUAAGUGUUUGUGUAGUAACUAAGUCAUGUUUCUUAUCCAGGUGGUAAAAGCAUUCAUAAAGGAUUGUGAAGAUUUGUUUUUUAAAUUUCUACUUAAGGACAAAUAGUUUGCGAAUUCAGAAAUUAAGCAUGAUACUUAGAUUGCAUAGUUUGUUUUGCAUUGCUAUAAUUUUCAAAAUUAUUUUUGAAGCAAGACAAAAGUUUAAUGUUGGCUUAAGUGCUUAAAUGUAUCAUGCUGACCAGAAUCCUGUUCAGUUAUUUUUAUAUGCAUUUUGAAAUUUCCCAUUUUUGCAUUAAAUAAACUGGGGAAAAGGUCAAGUGAUAUUUAGAUAAUUGGCACAACAAGGAGUUGGCAGGCAACAAUAUUGAUUUUAUGAGGAAAAAGUGAUGAAGUUAGAAAAGUUUUUAGACUUUUCCAGUUACAAUCCAGUUUUCCAGAUUUCAUAGCGUUAUUUCCAAAAUGAAAAUAAGAUAUGCAGUAACCUUUGCUCUGUGUGAUUACAAAUAGUAUCAUCCAUUUGCAUAGCCUUGCAAGAGUGCCAUUUUAUUUUUAGUGCAAAAUUCUUGUUAAAAAAAUGUAGUUUUAUACAUACAGCUGAUAGACCAACUUAUAUCCAAACUUUUAUAAAAGAUUAUUAACUAUUCUUGUUUUUAUCACACAGGCAUACCCCAAAUGCUUCUACCAGUUCAUUUUCAGCCAUCAGUUCAAGAGCCGAUGCCUUUUUAAAAUAAAUCUUCUGUGGUCUUGUUUUUAAAUGGCUCAACUGUCUAAUGCAAUUGAGUAGAGGUUUGCACUGAGAUGUUAUGGUUUAGGCCUUACCCCCAUGAAGUAUUACUAUUAACAUAGUUUUAGACUGCUUCCCUCCACCAAUGUGAACAACUUUUCCCCCAAACAGUGUUAAAAGCCACUUUACAACACUUGACUUCAUAUAAUAUAUUUUCACUGUUAUUACAUACAUAUCCAAGUAAAUCAGAGUUUUGGGUGGAAGUGUUGAGAAGCAUGAAUUUUUUUGUUGUUUUGUUUUGUUUUGUUUUACCUAGAACAUUAAUUUAUCCAGAAUGGCAGCUUUAACAGAUGGUCACAAUCCAUUUUCUAAAUCAUAUUUUAUUAAACGAAUCCAAAGUAUCCUAGCUUUUAUCAAAGAUGGUCUAUAGAAAUAUUUCAAAUGAAUAGUGAUGCUGUACUUUUUAAGUUGUUGCAAUAUUAGAGACACCAUUUUCACCUUUUAUAAAAUAUGCAUUUUGUUUGGCAGGUUUGUGAAGUUCUUGUAAACUAAUAUUACAGGAACAUUUUCAGUAAAUUCUCAGGCAUGUUUGCAAAUACGGCACAUGUUAGGAAGUCUUUUCUUAAUCUUAUCUUUUUGAAGUAUGCCUAACAAAAAACAUUCCACUAUUAUAAUACAUUAUGCUCAGCUUUUCAUAAAGAAAUAUUUAAUUGUAUUUUGUGUUUAUACAGGUAUGUCACACAAUACUUUGUUUGCUCUUUGCUCUUCAUAAUGCAGCCAUUAUAACUUGAUAAGUUAUUGCACUAAAAUUUUAGUAAUAUCAUGAAUUUAAUUUGCUUAAUAUUUAGUACAUUUCAUAACUCUUGAACUCUUGACAAAUUGCAUUGGGAAAAGAAGCCUUUGUUAAUAGUUACUUAGUCUCCCUCACCCACAGCAAAGCACUAUCAUUUUCAUUUGGAAUGGUAUUGUUUUAUGAUGUUUUCAAAUAGAGUUCAGAAUCUGCAACUCAGUUCAACACAAAUCUGUUGAGCUUUAAAAUGUAUUUCAAAUAAUAUUUAAAUAGGCAUUUAAAAUUAUGCAUAGUAAUUUUGCACUGUAAAAUAAUUCCCUUCUCCCAUUCCCUGUCUGCCAUUCUGAAUAUGCUUAUUAAAAUAUUUUUUUAAACAUA